AUGGGGAAGGCUAACAGUAAAAAUGUAUCGACGACAUUACAUCAUUGCACUCUAUGGAAGACCAACCGCAGUCCGUCGUGCAGGAACGUGAUGAUGGCUUUAGACGCCAUGAACAUCAGUCUCACAGAAGUUGACGUCAACAUGGACAAAGCUGAGCAUCGCGAAUCAGAGCUUACUACAAUGAAUCCCAAGCAGAGCUUACCCAUAUUAAAAGACAGGAACUUGAUUUUAUGUGACAGUCACGCAAUAAACACCUAUAUAGCGUCUAGAUAUUGUCGCUCGGACUACACUCUGCCCGAAGACCCGGCGGGGCGAGCGAUUGUGGAUCAAUUGUUGCAUUUCAACAGUGGCGUCCUUCAACCAAACUAUCGCGCAGCUUGUCACCCAAUUUUUUACGAGAACUGUCAAUUCGUAGCGCCUCAAUUCGUCAAGGAGAUAGAGCACUCGUACCAGGACUUGGAGAACAUGUUGGUGGGUAGAGCGUGGUUCAGUGGAUCACGAUACACUCUCGGAGACAUAGCCAUCGCGUCUAGUGUCAGCACACUCAAUGUUGUUGUUCCCAUAGACGUGAAAAGAUAA